AUGGCCCGGGUGUAUCCGGAGGUGGUUAAUGACUUCCGUGCUGUGGCUGGUGUGGAACAGAGGAGGAUCCUCAUUGUGACCACAGUCUCACCCAUUGGGCGGCACGUUGUGCUCGUUGGGCACCGGUGGUUCUCAGUGAGGCCUAACGUGCUGACUAAUCAUUAUCAACAUGUCUUGGCCAUGGCAUUUGCUGUGAAGGAAAUCAAUGAAAAUCUCCAUAUUUUACCCAAUGUCACCUUGGGCUUGGAUAUCUGGAACAGCUACUUCAAUGCAAGGAAGACCUAUUGUGCCACAGUAGAACUUGUCUCAACCAAGAACAGAUUUCUCCCUAACUACAAGUGUGACAGCAAGAACAAUCCUAUAGCAGUCAUUGGAGGACUUGAACCUGAAACUUCCCACUACGUAGCAACUGUGUUAGCUGUCUACAAAAUUCCACAGAUGGUACCAAGUGAAGCCAAGCAAUACAAGGGGGUUCUCCUCUUAAUUCUGCAUUUCAGGUGGACGUGGAUUGGGGUCAUUGCUGUGGAUGAUGAGCGUGGAGAAAGGUUUCACCAAGCCAUGCUUCCUCUGUUUUAUCAGAACCGCAUCUGUGUGGCCUUCAUAGCAAAAAUCUUACAGGCGACAACUGUAGAUUAUUAUUUUACAAUGAUGCAAUAUGGAUUGGAGAAAUUUGAUGCUGUGAUGGAGAUUGAAGAACCCAUGCUCUGUCCUGAGAAAGAACUCAAUGUUGUUUCCUUUGAAUUUCCUGCCAAUUUUGUGGGCAGCAAAAUGCUUCACUACUUCUUGAGAAGCGUCUCAUUUAAUAACAGUGCUGGGGACAGUAUUUCAUUUGACACUAGUGGAGAGGUAGUCACAGGGUAUGAUAUUAUCAACUGGCUUGCUUUCCCAAAUCAAUCUGUUCUUAAAGUCAAAAUUGGAGAGGUUCAUCCAGGAGCUCCUACAGGCCGAAUGCUUACCAUUAAUGAAGACCACAUCACAUGGAACAGCAGGUUUAACCAGACACAGCCCCUUUCUGUCUGCAGUGCAAGUUGCCAUCCGGGUUAUAGGAAGGAAAUGAAGGAGGGAGAACCAUUCUGCUGCUAUGGCUGCGUUCCUUGUCCAGAGGGAAAAAUUUCCAAUCAGAAGGACUUGGAUGAGUGCUUCACUUGCAGAGAAGAUGAAUACUCAAACAUGGGAAAAAAUCAAUGCAUUCCCAAAGACAUUGUUUUUUUGUCUUAUGGAGAACCGUUGGGGAUCACUUUAGUGACUUUUGUCUUUUCCUUUUCUUUCAUUACUCUUUUGGUGCUAGGAAUCUUUAUAAAACACCACAGCACCCCCAUUGUCAAAGCCAACAACAGGAACCUCACCUAUUCUCUCCUGAUCUGCCUCCUCCUUUGCUUCCUUUGUGCUCUGCUCUUCAUUGGUCAACCGCAUCUGAUGCCCUGUCUCCUCCAACAAACCAUUUUUGGCAUGGUUUUCUCGGUUGCUCUUUCUUGUGUACUUGCAAAAACUAUCAUGGUGGUUUUGGCUUUCCUAAGCAUUCAGCCAGGAAGCAACCUGAGGAGAUGGGUGGGGAAAAGAAUGGGCUAUACAAUUGUGAUUUCCUGUUCCCUUUUCCAAGCACUCAUUUGCUUUGUGUGGCUAGCCACUUCUCCUCCAUUUCUAGAUGCUGACAUGCACUCAGAGGCUGAAGCAGUUGUCCUGGAAUGCAAUGUGGGGUCUGUCACAAUGUUUUACUGUGUCCUGGGCUACAUGGGCUUCCUGGCGAUUGUUAGUUUUGUGGUGGCUUUUUUGGCCAGGAAGUUGCCUGACAAUUUUAAUGAAGCCAAAUUUAUCACUUUCAGUCAACUGGUCUUUUGCAGUGUUUGGCUGUCUUUUGUUCCCACCUACUUGAGCACCAAGGGGAAAUCUAUGGUGGCCGUGGAGAUCUUCUCCAUUUUAGCCUCCAGCGCUGGCCUUCUGGGUUGCAUCUUUGCCCCCAAAUGUUUCAUUAUUGUGCUGCAGCCUGAGUUGAACAUAAGGGAACAGCUGAUAAGAAGAAAGAAGGAGUAA